UGGCACUCACAGCUGGAGAGAGAACACAGAGGGGUACAUUGCUGACAGAGAAGCAACGAUGGACCUGACUUCAGUUCUCUCACUGGAAACCUGGGUCCUCCUGGCCAUCAGUCUGGUGCUCCUAUACCGACUUGGGACGCAUAAAUAUGACAUUUUUAAGAAACAGGGAAUUCCUGGGCCCAAACCUCUGCCGUUUUUAGGAAAUGUAUUGAAUUACUACAAGGGUAUAUGGACAUUUGAUAUCGAGUGCCAUAAAAAGUAUGGAAAAAUAUGGGGGUUGUUUGAAGGUCAAAGACCCCUGUUUACUGUCACGGACACAGAGAUGAUCAAGAACGUACUCGUGAAGGAAUGCUAUUCUAUCUUCACAAACCGACGGGAUUUUGGCCCAGUGGGGAUAAUGAGUAAAGCCGUCUCUAUAUCUAAGGAUGAGGAGUGGAAGAGGAUUCGAGCCUUGCUGUCUCCCACCUUCACCAGUGGAAAACUCAAAGAGAUGUUCCCCAUCAUUGAACAGUACGGAGAUAUUUUGGUGAAAUUCUUGAGAAGAGAGGCAGAGAAAGGCAACCCUGUCACCACGAAAGAAGUGUUUGGGGCCUACAGCAUGGAUGUGAUCACAAGCACGGCAUUUGGUGUGAGCGUCGAUUCUCUCAACAACCCAAAGGACCUUUUGUGGAAAAGCAGGAAGCUGUUAAGAUUUGAUUUUUUUGAUCCAUUGUUCUUGUCCGUAGUACUCUUUCCGUUCCUCAUCCCAAUAUAUGAGAAGUUAAAUGUCUCCAUGUUCCCAAAGGAUUCCAUAAGUUUUUUCAGAAAAUUUGUGGACAAAACGAAGGAAAAUCGCCUGGAUUAUAACCAAAAGCACCGAGUGGAUUUCCUUCAGCUGAUGAUGAACUCUCAUGACAAUUCCAAAGACUCCCACAAAGCUCUCUCUGACAUGGAGAUCAUAGCCCAGUCAAUUAUCUUUAUUUUUGCUGGCUACGACACCACCAGCAGCACACUUUCCUUCGCCCUGUAUUUACUGGCCACUCACCCUGAUGUACAGAAGAAACUGCAGGAGGAGAUCGAUAUUGCUCUGCCCAAUAAGGCACGUCCCAGCUAUGAUAAGGUGAUGGAGAUGGAGUACCUGGACAUGGUGCUGAAUGAAACCCUCAGAUUGUACCCAAUUGGUAGUAGACUUGAGAGAGUCUGUAAACAAGAUGUGGAAAUGGAUGGUGUGUUUGUUCCCAAAGGCUCCAUAGUGAUGGUACCAGUUUUUGCUCUUCACUAUGACCCACAGUACUGGCCAGAGCCUGAGAAAUUCCGCCCUGAAAGGUUCAGCAAGGAGAACAAGGGCAGCAUUGAUCCUUAUAUAUUCCUGCCCUUUGGGAAUGGACCCAGGAACUGCAUUGGCAUGAGAUUUGCUCUUAUGAACAUGAAACUUGCUCUCACUAAAGUCCUACAGAAUUUCUCCUUACAGCCUUGUAAAGAAACACAGAUCCCAAUGAAAUUAAGCCGAAAAGCAAUGCUUCAACCAGAAAAACCCAUUAUUUUAAAGGUUGUGCCACGGGAUGCAAUCAUAACUGGAGCGUGACUUUCCCUCAAGGACUUCUCUUGUGUUCCUUGAGAAUGUGGUGUCUAAGAAAAUUGGAACCUUGAACUUACUUCAUGAAUAAAAUGCAAAUGAAGAUGAGGCUUAAUCAACUGACUCUGAUGCAUGGUUAUGGAUUCAGUAUACCCAUUGAGCUUUCUCAGUGUUAACACAGAGUACCAUCUAAUGUAAAAUGAAUAAGUCAGUGACAGAAUGAGAAAUUCAUCUUCUAUGGUGCUCAUGGGACCAUGUCCAUGCACAUCUGAUUGGCUCCAUCAACUUCUUUUGAGCUCUUUUGAGAGUAGCCAUGCCUCUGCAAUUUGAUCAAUAAUAAUUUUAAAAGCAAAUACGAACCAUCAUGACAACUCUUAUUGUAAAAAAUAUUCCACAAUAAAUGUACACUAAGCAUGU